AUGAGCCAGUUCACGGAGAAGCUAAUGACGAAGCAAAGCCUCGAGGGCCGACUCCUGUUCGCCGUGCCUAAGAAGGGACGCUUGAACUCCGCGACACUCAACCUACUUGAGGGAGCCGACAUCCAGUUCCGCCGCGAGAACCGUCUCGACAUUGCGCUCGUAAAGAACCUUCCCAUCGCCCUCAUCUUCCUCCCCGCUGCCGAUAUCCCCACCUUCGUUGGCGAGGGUCGCGUCGACCUCGGAAUCACGGGUUGGGACCAGGUCCGGGAGCACGAUGCCGGUGUCAUCGCUACCAACAAGGCCCGGAGAGCCUCUGUCGAGCUGGGCUCUAACGGUGUAGAGGCCCUUCAGAAGGCUGGAGGCUGUGAGAUGGUCAUGGAGCUCGGUUUCGGGCACUGCAAGCUGCAGACCCAGGUCCCCGAGAAGGGCGCGUACUCGACGACGGAGGACUUGAUUGGCAAGACCAUCGGCACCAGUUUCGUGAAUCUGGCGGAGGAGCACUUUGCCAAGCUGGAAUUGGGCGUCGACUCGGAUGGCAAUAGCAACACCUCGCCCAAGAAGCUUCGCACUAAGAUCAUCGAGCUCAGCGGCAGUGUCGAGGCCGCUUGCGCGCUGGGUGUCGCCGAUGGCAUCGUUGACCUUGUCGAGUCUGGCGAGACCAUGAGAGCCGCUGGCCUCAAGGCCAUCGACACCGUCGUCGACUCGCAAGCGUGCCUUAUCAAGUCCCGCUCGCCGUCAAACAUUGAGCUCGUCGAGCUCAUUGCCGCUCGUAUUCGCGGUGUCAUCACCGCUCAGAGAUUCGUCCUGUGCCAGUACAACAUCGAGAGAUCCCGCCUGGCCGAUGCCAAGGCGAUCACCCCUGGCAAGCGGGCGCCAACCAUCACUACGCUGGAUGAGGAAGGCUGGGUCGCCGUCAGCUCCAUGGUCGAGAAGAAGAAGAUUGCCCUCGUGAUGGACAACCUGACCCGCGUUGGCGCCCAGGACAUUUUGGUGCUUGAUAUCCACAACACUCGAUAG